GAGCAGUCUGGGCCGACAGCGACCCGCGAGGACUUGAAAUAGCCACGGCAGCAUCCAGAGUGGCCCUGGCCCCCCGGGUGCAGCUGCCGUCCGGGGGAAGGAGCGACUGUGGCCCUCCUUUCUUUGUGUCUGGGGUGGGGUUCAUCGGCGGGGCGGGCCUCGGGCCGGGCCUCACCUCGCGCCCCGGGACUGUGUUGGCUGCCUGGGGAGGUGGCGCCUACAUCUCCGCCUGUCGCAGGUCCCGGGAGGUGUUCGGCGCCCCGGACCGCGGCAGCCCAGCUCAUGGUUAACAGCUCAGAGAAAGAAAAAUUUGAGGGAGAAUGGAUGCCAAAGCUCGAAAUUGUUUGCUUCAACAUAGAGAAGCCCUGGAAAAGGACAUCAAAACACCCUACAUAAUGGAUCACAUGGUUAGUGAUGGAGUUUUAACACCAUCGGAGGAAGAAAAAGUAAAAAACGAGCCCACUCAACAGCAUCGAGCAGCUAUGCUAAUUAAAAUGAUACUUAAAAAAGAUAAUGAUUCCUACAUAUCAUUCUACAAUGCUUUACUACAUGAAGGAUAUAAAGAUCUUGCUGUCCUUCUCCACGGUGGUCUUCCUGUCAUCUCUUCUUCCAAUGGCAAAGAUUCAGUUGGUGGAAUAACUUCUUAUGUAAGAACAGUCCUGUGUGAAGGAGGAGUACCACAGAGGCCAGUUGUUUUUGUUACUAGGAAGAAGCUGGUGAAUGCAAUUCAACAGAAGCUCUUCAAACUGAAUGGUGAACCGGGAUGGGUCACUGUAUAUGGAAUGGCAGGUUGUGGGAAGACUGUAUUAGCUGCAGAAGCUGUUCGUGAUCAUGACCUCUUAGAAAGUUGCUUCCCAGGGGGUGUGCACUGGGUUUCAGUUGGGAAACAAGACAAAUCGGGGCUUCUGAUGAAACUGCAGAACCUUUGUACGCGGCUGGAUCAGGAUGAGAGUUUCUCCCAGAGGCUCCCACUUAAUAUUGAAGAGGCUAAAGACCGCCUCCGCAUUCUGAUGCUGCGCAAACACCCAAGGUCUCUGUUGAUCUUGGAUGAUGUUUGGGAUCCUUGGGUAUUGAAGGCUUUUGACAAUCAGUGUCAGAUUCUCCUUACAACCAGAGACAAGAGUGUUACCGAUUCAGUAAUGGGUCCAAAAUAUGUAGUCUCUGUGGAGAGUGGCUUAGGAAAAGAAAAAGGACUUGAAAUUUUAUCCCUUUUUGUAAAUAUGAAGAAAGCAGAUUUGCCAGAAGAAGCCCAUAGUAUUAUAAAAGAAUGUAAAGGUUCUCCUCUUGUAGUGUCUUUAAUUGGUGCACUUUUACGUGAUUUUCCCAAACGCUGGGAGUACUACCUCAGGCAACUUCAGAAUAAGCAAUUUAAGAGGAUAAGGAAAUCUUCAUCUUAUGAUUAUGAGGCUCUGGAUGAAGCCAUGUCUAUAAGUGUUGACAUGCUCAGAGAAGACAUCAAAAGUUAUUACACAGAUCUUUCCAUCUUUCAGAAGGAUGUUAAGGUGCCUACGAAGGUGCUAUGUGUUCUCUGGGACAUGGAGACUGAAGAAGUUGAAGACAUACUGCAAGAGUUUGUUAAUAAGUCUCUAUUAUUCUGUGAUCGGAAUGGCAAAUCAUUUUGCUACUAUUUGCAUGAUCUUCAGGUAGAUUUCCUUACAGAGCAAAACCGCAGCCAGCUUCAGGAUCUGCAUAAGAAGAUAAUCACGCAGUUCCAGAGACAUCACCAGCUACACGCUCUUUCACCAGAUCAGGAGGACUGCAUGUACUGGUACAAUUUCCUGGCCUAUCAUAUGGCCAGUGCCAAUAUGCACAAAGAACUUUGUGCUUUAAUGUUUUCCCUGGAUUGGAUUAAAGCAAAAACAGAACUUGUAGGCCCUGCUCAUCUGAUUCAUGAAUUUGUGGAAUACAGGGAUAUACUGGAUGAAAAGGAUUAUGCAGUCUGUGAGAAUUUCCAGGAGUUUUUAUCUUUAAAUGGACAUCUUCUUGGACGACAACCAUUUCCUAGUAUUGUACAGUUGGGUCUCUGUGAGCCGGAAACUUCAGAAGUUUAUCAGCAAGCUAAGCUGCAGGCCAAGCAGGAGGUCGAUAACGGAGUGCUUUACCUGGAGUGGAUAAACAAAAAGAACAUCAAGAAUCUCUCUCGCUUAGUUGUCCGCCCCCAUACAGAUGCUGUGUACCAUGCUUGCUUUUCUGAGGACGGCCACAGAAUAGCUUCUUGUGGAGCUGAUAAAACCUUACAGGUGUUCAAAGCUGAAACAGGAGAGAAACUUCUAGAAAUCAAGGGUCACGAAGAUGAAGUGCUUUGCUGUGCAUUCUCAACAGAUGACAAAUUUAUAGCAACCUGCUCAGUGGAUAAAAAAGUGAAGAUUUGGAAUUCUGUGACUGGGCAACUGGUACAAAGCUAUGAUGAGCACUCAGAGCAAGUCAACUGCUGCCACUUUACUCACAGCAGACAUCACCUUCUCUUAGCCACUGGGUCAAGUGACUGCUUCCUCAAACUCUGGGAUUUGGAUCAAAAACAAUGUCGAAAUACCAUGUUUGGCCAUACCAAUUCAGUCAAUCACUGCAGAUUUUCACCAGAUGAUAAGUUUUUGGCUAGUUGUUCAGCUGAUGGAACAUUAAAGCUUUGGGAUGUGAAAUCAGCAAAUGAGAGGAAAAGCAUUAAUGUGAAGCAGUUCUUCCUAAGUUCGGAGGAGCCUCAAGAGGAUAUAGAAGUGAUCGUGAAAUGUUGUUCGUGGUCUUCUGACGGUUCUAAGAUAAUGGUGGCAGCAAAAAAUAAAAUCUUUCUUCUUGACAUUAAUACCAGUGGCCUAUUGACAGAAAUCCAUAUAGGCCAUAAUAGCACCAUCCGGUACUGUGACUUCUCCCCCCAUAACCAUUUGGCAGUGGUGGCUUUGUCCCAGUACUGUGUGGAGUUGUGGAAUGUGGACUCCUGUUUAAAAGUGGCUGAUUGCAGAGGACAUUUAAGUUGGGUUCAUUGUGUGAUGUUUUCUCCUGAUGGAUCAUCGUUUUUGACAUCUUCUGAUGACCAAACAAUCAGGCUCUGGGAGACAAAGAAAGUUUGUGAGAACUCUGCUAUAGUGUUAAAGCAAGAAAUAGAUGUUGUAUUUCAAGAAAAUGAAGUGAUGGUUCUGGCAGUUGACAAUAUAAGACGUCUGCAACUCAUUAAUGGAAAAACAGGUCAGAUUGAUUAUUUGACUGAAGCUCAAAUUAGCUGCUGUUGCUUAAGUCCGCAUCUUCAGUACGUCGCAUUUGGAGGCCACGAUGGAACCAUUAAGAUUUUAGAACUCCUAAACAACAGACUCUUCCAAUCCAGGAAUGGGCACAAGAACACUGUACGGCACAUCCAGUUCACAGCUGAUGGGAAGACUCUCAUUUCAAGCUCUGAUGAUUCUACAAUUCAGGUAUGGAAUUGGCAAUCAGAGGAAUAUUUCUUUCUGCAAGCCCAUCAGGAAACAGUGAAAGACUUUAGGCUCUUGAAAAAUUCAAGACUGCUUUCCUGGUCAUUUGAUGGCACGGUGAAGGUAUGGAAUAUCACCACUGGACGAAUAGAAAAAGACUUUGCCUGUCACCAGGAUACAGUACUUUCUUGUGAUGUUUCUCCUGAUGCCACCAAGUUUUCAUCUACCUCUGCUGACAACACUGCAAAGAUUUGGAGUUUUGAACUCCUUUCCCCUCUUCAUGAAUUGAAGGGCCACAAAGGCUGUGUGCGCUGCUCUGCCUUCUCUGUGGACAGCACCCUGUUGGCGACUGGAGAUGACAAUGGGGAAAUCAGGAUAUGGAAUGUCUCAAGCGGUGUGCUUCUUCAUUUGUGUGCUCCGAUAUCCAUAGAAGAGGGAGCUGCUACCCAUGGGGGCUGGGUGACCGACCUCUGCUUUUCUCCAGAUAGCAAAAUGCUGGUCUCUGCUGGAGGCUACCUUAAGUGGUGGAAUGUCAUCACUGGGGAAUCCUCACAGACCUUCUACACAAAUGGAACCAAUCUGAUGAAAAUACAUGUGUCCCCUGACUUCAAGACAUAUGUGACUGCUGAUAAUCUUGGUAUUUUAUAUAUUUUACAGACUUUAGAGUAAAAUAGUUAAGCAUUAAUAUAAGUCGAACUCAAAUUUUGAAUUGGAAAAAAUUGUGAUGAACUCUGUAUUUCAACUUUUUAUAAAGCUGUGAAUUGUUUUACAGUAUUGCAUUCAUUACAGAAUUGUUUAUGGUUUGAAGAAUGAUACUAAUGUAGCUCCCCCCCCCCCCCCCCCCGUGAACACACCUUUAAUCUUGUUUUUCAUAAUCAUCAUUAUUUUUAACAAUUUGUCUUUAAGAUGCAAAUGAAAAUGUAAAUACGUACCUUGUUAUACUGUUGGUAAAAUUCUCUCUUGAUACAUUCAAAUUGGUUGACAUAGUUAAUGAGGAUAACUGGAAGGAAAUAUGUAUUUUAAUACUGUCAUUAUGCGAGUUGUGCCUCAGAGUAGCAGUGGCCUGCUUUCUGAGCCACAUGACCCCACCGGGGUACAGUUUCCCAAAUGCAACCUUGGAGCUUAUUUGCACUCCUUAAAUUAGCUUUAAAAAUAUUGUGUCUGUGAGCACAAUUUGCAAUAUUUCCUUUAAUUCACUACAUCAGUGUGUCUUGGAUUUCAAAAUUCUUACUGUGGAGUGAAAAUUAUGUGUUGCAGAGUCGAUUUUAUUGGUCUACCUUCCCUCACUAGUUGAGGACAGCUCGUGCCCUAACGGACUCCUGUGGUCAGCCUCUUAGCUGGGCACUGUCCUGCUCUCUGUUUCUUUACAUACUAGACCUUCCUUAAUCUUCACUAUUUUUCUGUUUUUUGUUUUGUUUUUAAAGUAGUUUGCUCUACAGUUAGAUAUUAGUAAAUCAGAUUGAUGGAGAAGCAGCCAAUUUUAAUAACAGAAUUUUCCUAAGAAAUAUAGAAUAGUAGAAAAUGAUUUUCUUCGAAUUCCAUUUACUUUUAGAUGAAUGGCAAUGUCAGUGCUGUUCUCUGAGUGAAUUUAGGAGAGUUCUCAGAACCAGAGUCAUCGGGACUCUGGAUGGUGUUCCCUUUGACCCUCCAACCAGUCUGUCUCCCUUCCCUUCUCUCCUUAUCUGCUUCCUUUCCUCCCUGCUUCCCUGGGAGGUUAAUCAGAAAAGGUAGAUUCUGACAGGGAAAAAGCACAUCAGCAUCAAUAAGUAGCUUUUUUGACCUCUUGAUUAGGAACCUUAAUUGCAAUUUAAAUCUAAACAUUUUCCCAGAAAUAUAUUGUUAAGGGAUAUGCUGAUAAAUUAAUGAUAGAUAUGGUUGCUACAUAAACAAAUAACCAAAAUUUAAAAAUUUAUUGCUGUAACAGGGACUAAAUCAAAUGGGUAUUAGUGUCAGUAGCAGGUAGGCCAUGACCCAGUUUUUAUUGUUAUCACAUAAUAGGGUGGGCAGGAGGACUAAAGCACUCCAGGUGUAUUUUAGAUUAGAUAUUUCUAUUUAGCUUUUCAGAGAACCAUAAAUAGAGUGAAUAAAAUCUUUUACAUUGUUAAGGAGGUUCUUUUUUUUUUUUUAUGGGUUAAGGAACUUGUUAUAGACUUACUGUGAUUUAAACAAAUGUGAUGUGCAGUCAUAAUUUUAUAAAAGAAAUUUAUGUAAAUGGCAUGUUCUGCUUAGAGUAUCCUUAUUAGAACUUUAUCUGCAUGCAAUGUUUAGGAACUCUUUUAUAGCUCAGAGUGUGAAGUAUUAACUUUUGGAAUUGAACUUACUUGGCUGUUAAAGUGUAACAACAAACAUCAGCUCUUAAAAGGCCUUGAUGGCCUUUGUCUUAAAAAUAAAUUAAAAAGGAAAAUGGAAGAAAGACUAGGUAACAUGAGGGAUGAGGAGAAGCUAGGAGGUUGUAGCUGCAGAUUUCAUGGCAGCUGAGGUGGUCAGUGAAGGGGAGGAUGUUGCUUUGUACUUGUGAUAUGCAUUUUUCCCUGCUUUUUUAUUUUAUUUUAUUUUUUGUAUUGGAAAUUACAUUGCAUUUUAUAUAAAGAUUUUUUUACAUUGUAUGUGUCUUGUAUGUUUUGUAUCUAUAAUACAGUUUACAUGAUUUUUUUUGUCCUUGGUAUACGUUUUAAUACAUGAAAUAGAAAAAUUUUUAUAAAAAUAAAAUUCCAAAAAAUAUUUUUGAAAAACA